GGGCUGUAGUUCUUUUCAUUCUUAUAUGUUGUAGACAAUGCAAAUGUCCCUUGGGCUCACUUAUUAUCACCUGUGGUUAGGCAUACUUAUAUGGUUGCCAUCAUUCAUUCACAGACCAAACGCGCCACCAGAUUUAUAAAAGAGGCUCUUCUCGCGUUGUUGAUGUCCCUUUUGGUCAAUUUUCUGCUUCGCCUCUAUUCUCGCACACAAUUCUCAUUCUUUUCUUUUCUUCUCCCAGCUCUCAUAACUCGACUUCUGAUCAUAUAGUCUUUGGUUUUUCCCCAACAACCACCUUUCGUUUUCUAAUUUUGGCUUCCAGCAACUCGCUUUGGUCGUAACCCUACCUUUCUUGUUAUCUUUUGUCGUUCCAUACCAUACGCGUCCCACCGAGUUCUUCGGUCUCGCUCGUCAAGUCACUAUGAGCCAGGAGACUUCUCAGCACAAUAACAACAUCAAUCACAUCACUGGCGAGGAUGCCGUCCAUAGAAUGAGGAUUCGCUCUCGUCGACCUGUCGACUCCAUGGCUCUUCUCUUCAAGAUGAAGAGGAACCGACAGGCCAUCGUGGAGUCUCAAGAACCCGAGUCUGUCGAAGAUAGCUCAUCCUCCUGUGAAGAUACUUUCCUCGUCUCUGGGAGCGAGGAGGUUGAAUCUUUGGACGGGAACCAGGACGAGCCUGCUUUCUCUCAGUCUCAGGACGAACAGGUCGUCGAAGACAAGGACAAGGACUCAAACGGCGAGGUGGUUAGUGACCUGUUCAAGAGCAGGGAGCCAUCGAAGCCCAAAGCCCAAGAGUUGAAUAAUUCCUCCAGUGUAGCAGCCUUCGCUGCUCGUGUCAUCCACCCUUGGCACAUCGUUGACUACCACUUGUACCUACUUCAGAUCGAGGGCAAGAAAGACCUCACGGCGCGGCGUAAUGGUACUCUGUUGCGUGAUGGUGUUGAAUGCCGCUCCCUCUGCUAUGAUGAGAUGUUCGAAGACGACACAUUCGACCCUGACUUUGUCGGCCCAGAACCCAGCGUUCUCUUUGCGGCUUUGCCUGUCCCCGAACACCACAUUCAAUUCAACGGCGCUGCGUACGUGCUCGAGUACGAUUGGAACCUGAGAACUUUCUGCGCUCGUCACUUCGCCUGGGUGCCUGAGGACCUGCGUAACAUCGAGUGUGUGUGGACCGAGGGCAUCAUCAUCUACUGCGUCCCGAUUGUCGAAAUGAUCGACGUUAUGAAAACGGCCUUGGAACAACGAUACCGUCGACUUGAAUUUUUGAGCACCAAUCCUCGCUGCACAACUUCGUACGUGGCACACGAUGAUCCCGGUAUGGAGCUUGUCGUUGCGUACUCGUUCUGUCAGUUUGCUGUUGAUUUUGCGGAAGCCCUUAUCCCAGAGGAAACGGAUGAGGGUAUUGAGAUCUUCAAGUUCGAAUUGGAGGAAAUCAUGGAAGAGAUUCGUCUCACCCUGCAACGUGCUUCGUAUCGGGCGUGGUUUGCUGUCCGCGAAGGUCUUUCCAUGGAGAAGUUCUCCCACAAGGUUCACUUCGACCGGUACCUCAACGACCUCUUCACGUACAACAAGUCGAUCGAGGAGGGAAGUCUUCGUGGAAAGAAAUGGCAUGCUCCCGGGCUCGACACGUGCAAGAAAAUCCGCGACAAUGAUGCUAGGAAGCGUCGGGCUAGAAACGAACGCCAUCUGAAGGACGUGUUUGCCCCUUUCGAUCAAGACGAAGAUAAAGAGAGGCAGGAGAGAGCGUUCCAGGAGAUGCUGGAUAAUGCAGACAAAAGCCAAGCUGAUGCUCUCCUCAAAGAGCCUCUACAGGUCCCGUUGACGCCGCUCUGGGGUGAAUUGGAUUUUGAUGAGUUCGAAAUGAGCCCCGGCUCCCCUGUUGUUGUCCGCUCGGCUCCUGUACAGGAUGAUGGUCUCGAAAUCACCGAGUACAAUCACAUGCCUCUCUUGCGCCUUUUGAAUAACGUCCUUGACCUCAUCCAGGGACAGCCGGAUUUGGAUACGUUGGAGAAUCGGGGACGGUUUGGCGCCCUGCUGACUGAAAUGGGAAUUUGCGUGGUGAAAGACACUUUGGAUUUGUUAUCUAUUGCGCCGCAGCCGGGUUUCGACAAUGACGAUUGGAGUCUUGUGGUCCAUGAUGAGGCCAGUAACGAAGAGGAGGAAUCAACUGCUCCUGUUCGUCGUCUUCUCCCGAGCCCUAUCCUUGAUUAGCUGCUCUCUUCUCUUUCUUUUGUCCAAUUUUGCUUCGUUUGUCUUUCCUUUUGUUUCUUCUCUGGUCUCUGGUCUUUUGCCCCUGGUGUUCCGUCCAGGUUCUUGCAAUCUCCCUUUUUGUCUGGGUACGAUAUCUUCCCACGCUCAUUUUUGUCAUUAUUUUGCUGUCGUUCAAUUUUUUCCGUUCAUCUCUUUGAAUCUGUUUCAUUCAAUCUUUCGCGAUUUGUCUUGUUAAUUUCGUCCUGGACCUUGGUGGCAGCUUGCAGGCUUUUGCGUCGCCGUUGAACAUUCCCUUCUCUUUUUGUAUGAGUCCUGGUUGAGGCUCGAGCUUGGUCUCGUCUGAACGCUUUUUUUUUUUUU